CCUCAGACCCUGACAGCUUCACAGAAAGACAGCCAGACGAGCUAAAGGACCUUUGCAGAGAGAGAACAAAACUGAGGAUAGCACAUCCAUUUAGCCGAAAAUGGCAUGGCAUGAGCUACGCAGUCGUCAGUUUUGGCGUGCCAUGAUGGCAGAGCUGCUUGGCACCCUGGUGUUGGUGAGCGCUGUGCUGGGUGCCUCAGUGCCGGGACCAGGAGAGGCCCCUGCGGGGCCCCUGUACCCAGCAGUGGCAAUAGGGGUGGUGAUUGUUGCGUUGGGACACUGUUUUGGAGAAAUAAGCGGGGCACAGGUGAACCCUGCAGUGACUCUGUCUCUGUUAGCCACUCGGAGGCUGGACGUCCUCCGGGCCUUUGUUUACAUAGCUGCACAGUGUGUGGGGGCUUCUUUAGGAACUGGGGCUCUCUACCUGGCCCUGCCACUCAAAACCACAGCAGACCACUUUGUCAACAGGGUUCCUCUGGAGCUGAAUGCAGCACAGGCUCUGGGCAUAGAGGUUCUGUGCACCUUCCAGAUGGUCUUCACCGUGUUCUCAGCUGAGGCUCAGCGACGGAGGGAGAGUCCAGAACCAGGGAACCUUGCCAUUGGAUUUGCUCACACAGCUGGAGUUUUUAUAGGGGGGCGGUUCUCCGGUGGGAGUAUGAACCCUGCUCGUUCCCUGGGUCCAGCAAUCAUCACUGGCUUCUGGGAAAACCACUGGGUUUAUUGGCUUGGGCCGGUGCUUGGUGCUAUACUGGCGGGUGUUUCCCAUGAGUUCUUCUUUGCGCGCAGUGCGUCACGUCAAAAACUGGUGGCCUGUCUGACCUGUAAGGACAUCGAGAUCGUGGAGACGGCCAGCAUGACGGGAUCAUCACUGUCCACUGUCACACAGAAUGCCAUAAGAGCCAAACAGGCCAACAAGCAAGAAAACAACUGAGGACACAGAAACAUUCUGCAGGAUGAGUGUAUUUAUGUUUUUCCUAUGAGAAUGCAAGGAGUGCAGCUCAGCAGCGGUGAGGACCAAAGAAAAGGGAGCAACUGUGGUUAUUACACUCGCCAAAUAUGAACUCAUUAAAUCUAAAAAUAUAUAGAUUAAAGUGGUCCAGGGGAGGAAAACUGUGCCAUCCAAAAAAUUGCGGACCAUUUUUUGAAAGUUUCGAACACUUUAUGAAAAAUUUGAGUCCAAUAAUGAAGAUAGAGUUUCACAAAAUUGAAAAUGGCAACACCUGAUAUACCUGUUUGCAGCUCAGGUAGAGUAGAUAAACAAUAACAGACUAAGUGUAAUGAUUUCUCCUGGUGUUACCAAACAAGACAUCAACAUCCAAAAAAUGCAUCCCAUUAUGUCAUUUAUGUCAGUGACAUUAAGUAAAGAACAGUCUCAUGUAUCAAGAAAAUUUAGGAUUCUCAUGUUGUUUGACCAACAGUUUAAAAUACAUAGAAAUUACAUCAUUCCUAUGAUGUUAUGGAAAGGAAGAAAAAAAAGCAAAUGCUCACUAGCUCAAGGUUUGCACCAGAAGUGUAUUAGACAUCUCAGUACACUUAAUUGAGGAGUUAUCCUGUCAGAGUGUGACAUUGAAUUUACAUAGAUUAUGAGUUUCCCCCAAAUUUAAGGUGUCAGAUACAUCACCUGGUAAACAACCUCCAGUGUUGGCGCGUGAGUUGAUGGGUUACAUGCUCCACUUUGGAAUUUUUCUAAAAGUCAGUCUGCCAACAGGCUGAAAAAAGUUCAAAUGGAAAGAAAUUUAUUCAGCAAAACUGCCAUAUUUUACAACUUGAAUGUAGAAUUAAAGCUGCUUUAAGCUCACUACAACCCAUCCAUCCAUCAAUCCAUCAAUCCAUCCAUCCAUCCAUUAUAUAUUCCACCUAUCCCACAGGUCCAGUGGGGGGGGGGCUGAAGCCUAUCCCAGCUGUCAGUGGGCAAGAGGCAGGGAUCACUCUGGAGGUCGCCAGUCUAUCACAGGGCUAACAUGUUGAAACAAACAACCCUUCACACACACAUUCACACAUACGGGCAAUUUAGUCACCAAUUAACCUGAUGAGCGUGUCUGUGAACUGUCAGAGGAAGACAGAGUACCCAGAGAGAACCCACACAUGCAUGGGAGAACUUGUAAACUCAACACAGAAAGGCACCUGCUCUGCUGGGGAUUUGAACCAAGCACCUUCUUGCAUUGUGGCACUACACAGCCCCUCACUACAACCAACACAUAUAAAUAAAUGUGAUUGAGGUUGAGCAUAAAGGAAUCAGGGAGUUAACACAAAUUGGAAAUACUACACUAGAUUAAUUGUACCUGCCAGUGUGUCAGUGAUUAUUUUUAUUUCCCACCAUCUGUAAGUAAAGUAGCCUAAGGAACAGUUUGAAAUUAGCUCUCAGUGAAUCACUGUUACAAAACUGUAAAAAUUAAAUUGACUUAAAUUCUUAUUUAAGAUAUUAUAAAAGCUAAAACAUAGUGUAACAUUGGGUCAAGUAGACAAGGCCGAUGGAGUCUGCAAACCAACUCAGUAAUAUCAGUUUCGUAAUGUUAAAGCAAAUAUAAGCCAUUAAGAGCUAUUGUUCAUACCACUUCAACAGUUUAGUAUUUGGUUGUGUCAACGAUAUUUUUACAGUUUAUUAUGUUUUACAUUUUAUGAUGCACUUUUUAAGUUAUACAAUUUAAAGUGAUUUUGGGGCCCCGUUGCUUGUUGUCAAUUGAAGGCCUGAAGCUUUAAUUUGCCUGAAAGUGACCUUUGAGGUCCUGCUCGCGUGUCAUAAGAGGUGUAGCCGAUAUUGUGGGAUCCAGUAUUGUUACUUUGACAUUUGCACAUCAUUAGAAUUUCUAAUGGAAACUCAUUCAAACCUUGUUGAAAAACACCCUUGUGUCUCCUCAUGUUUCACAGUUUCAUUUUGUGUUUGUGAAUGCUUUGAAAUGCUAAAGAGGUCCUGCACCCUCGGUUCAAUGAUGUUCUCAAUUUGCCUAAUAUCCCUCUCAUAUAUAUGCCUGUGUGCGUCUGUUUCUUGUCUGAGGCUUCCUAUUCACAAUCAAAUGGACCUUCAUACCUCUGUAAUGGCGCUACAGAAAGAACGCCUUCAGUGGAAACCAUCUUUGUACUUUAAAAUGUGAAUAAUGAAUGUUUGCGUGAGUACGCUCUGUGGGUUUAUAAGACAGGAAACUUCAUGUUAUUAUGAAUCCCUAUUUGUAGAAAUCUGUGUUUUUAGAACGUGUUCUCCUAAAACAUAUUUUCUAUGUAACUUACAGGGUCAGUUUAUCCGUUAUACAAAAUAAUUUCAUGACCACAUUUUUUGUUCAGUCUUUUAUGUUGUUUAUAUAUUUUAUCCCCCCAUCCAAGUUUAUAUCUUGUAGUGCCACGUGAUGACUUUUUAU